GCAGCAAGGGCCACACGGGCAGUGGAGAGAUGGCCUUAAGCAGCUCCCAGCCUCCCUACCUGAACCCGAUCAUCCCCUUCUCUGGGAAAAUCCAGGGGGGUCUCCAGGAUGGACUUAAAAUCACUCUCACUGGGAACGUUCUUUACUACAAUGGAACCAGGUUUGCUGUGAACUUUCAUUCUGGCCCCAGCGACAAUGACAUUGCCUUCCACUUCAACCCACGGUUCGAAGAGGGCGGGUAUGUGGUCUGCAACACAAAGCAGAACGGAUGCUGGGGGCCAGAGGAGAGGAAGAUGCAUAUGCCUUUCCAGAUGGGGAACCCAUUUGAGCUCUGCUUCCUGGUGGACAGCUACAAUUUCAAGGUGACAGUGAACGGGAGCCAUUUUGUGCAGUACUCACACCGCGUGCCCUUCCACCGCGUGGACACCCUCUCCAUCAGCGGUGCUGUGCACCUGUCCUACAUCGGCUUCCAGAACAUGCGAGCAACCCCUAUGCAGCCUGCCUUCUCCACGGUGCAGUUCUCCCAGACUGCCUGUUUCCCACCCAGGCCCAAAGGGCGAAAGCCAAAAGUGAGUUCAAUUCGGCCUUCCUUCCCCUCCUUAACUCAAACUGUCAUCCACACCAUGCAGAGCGCCCCCGGACAGAUGUUCCCUGUAAGUUUGAAAGCUCAGAACCCCGCCAUCCCACCUAUGGCGUACCCCAACCCAACCUACUCGAUGCCUUUCUUCACCUCCAUCCCGGGUGGGCUGUACCCCUCCAAGAGCAUCAUCGUGUCUGGCACCGUCCUGCCCAGUGCCCAGAGGUUCCACAUCAACCUGCGCUGUGGGAGUGACAUCGCCUUCCACCUGAACCCCCGUUUCGACGAGAACACCGUGGUCCGCAACACACAGGUCAACGGCUCUUGGGGGUCCGAGGAGCGAAGCCUGCCCCGAAAAAUGCCUUUUGUCCGAGGCCAGAGCUUCUCGGUGUGGAUCAUGUGUGAAGGCCACUGCCUCAAGGUGUCUGUGGACGGUCAGCACCUGCUUGAAUACUGCCACCGCCUGAAGAACCUGCCUGCCAUCAACAGCCUGGAGGUGGCGGGUGACAUCCAGCUGACCCAUGUGCAGACAUAG